AUGCGAAAUGCAAAAGUAGCACAGAGGGAAAAAAUUUUGCGACGUGGUCGAACAUCAAAUUUGGAAUUAUUACUUUCGAUGCGCGGUAAAGGACAUAAAUUUACUCAUAAGAAAGGUUUAAGAAAUAACACUACAAUCAAUUACGGUCAUGUAGAGGAGAAUUUAAAGUCAUUUGAUUCACAGAUAAGUUCAAUUAAGAAUCAUAAGAAAAAAUCUUUUAUAAAUGAAUAUUAUAAUGAAAUGCUUGAUGAAGAAAUACGAUUAAAGAAAAAAAAGUUAUUCUAUGUCACAAGUGGUGAUCAACCGACUGAACUUUAUAGAACUGAUUUUUUAAACAGAAUGAAACAAGAGCAAAACAGUGAUUCGUCAUCAGAUGAAGAUGACAAUUUUGUUCCAAUAAGUGAUCGAUGGAAAGAAGAUUGGAAUUAUGGUGUACAGGUUCCAUUGCACAAGAAAUUACCUGAGUUUGUCAUCAGUGAUAUACCAUGCAGCUCCUCUUCCAAAUCAAGUCGCUCUUCGUUUGAAAUGGCAGAUAAAUUGAUAUCUGUAUAUGGGCGGAAAUAUAUUGCUGAUCGCCAUAAAAGAAUAAAGGUGCCUAGAUUUUUUUACUACCAAGGUGAUGCGAUGGACCUUGUUUUCCUUAAAAAAUUGAAUGAAAAGCGAAGAAAUAUCGGAUUUCCAAUAAUCGCUGAAGUGGAUUAUUUUAAAAUUCUCAAUGAAUUUGAAGUAUCUUGCUACAAGGCGAUUCAUUAUGACCUUUUGAUUCCUCUAAUGUCUCCAGCGAAUAAUGCUUCCAUGAAUGUCGAAUUUGAUGAAGAUACUUGUUGUGACAUCUGCAGACAGCCAGAUUAUGAAGAAGACGAUAAAAUUAUUUUUUGUGAUGGAUGUGAUGUUGGUGUUCAUCAAUCUUGCUAUGGUUUGGAUAUAGUUCCUUCUGAUGAAUGGCUUUGCAAGGCUUGUACAAGUCUUGGUUGUCAGACAUUACCCCAUUGCAUUUUAUGUCCUGUGAGAGGAGGAGCAAUGAAAUGCACGGCUGAUGGCGAUUCAUGGGCACAUGUUGUAUGCGCUUUAUGGGUUCCUGAAUGUUCAGUGCAUGCAUGUAUUAAUGCUUUUCACGUUUGUUGUGCCUUUCGUAAUAGUCAGGUAAUGGCAAUCGAAUGUUCAAAUGGUGAAGGAUGCCAAGUUCAUAUGAUAAGCUUAUGUAAAAAACACUCAGAGGAACUGAAUUACUUUCGUAAUGGAUAUAAUGAAGGAAUGUUGGAAAGGUGUAUAUCACCAGUUACAAUUCAGUGCAUUCGGGAUGGAAGAUUAAAGGAAAUGGAGAAUUUUUUUUUUUUAUUCGUCUCUCCUGAGGAAAUCGCUCAAAAGCUUGGUAUCGCUGAAGAAGUUAUUGAUGAUAUUUAUGAAUACUGGAAGCUUAAACGAUCAGAAAAGGAUAAUAGGCCAUUAUUAGCAUGUAGCUGUGAAAUUGAGCGAAAUAUUACAAAUGAUCUCCACUGUCAAACGCCAUCUUCAGUUUUAGCUUUGAAAUUGAGAAACGAAAUGGUUCUACGACAAAAUCUUGAGCAGGCUCGAAACCUGUGCUAUAUGAUUAGAAAACGUGAAAAACUCAAAAAGUCCUAUUUUUCUCAUUUGGUUCAGACCUACUCAUACGUUUACAAACAGCUAUCGAGUUCCCCUGUACCUCUCAGUAACCGAGCACUGAAUCGCUUUUGCGAGGCUUUGAAAACUAUGAUAAAUUUUAACACUGAUUGUUGUGAUCUCAACUAUCAAAUUCUUUUAAAUAAUAAAUCAACAAAAGCAUCGAAAUGCAUCCAAAAUAUAAUUCGUGAACGAAACGGUCCAGAGCAUACAAGACGGAAUGGCAUUGAGCGGAAUGGUUUUAUGAAAUCUAUCUAUCAAGAUAAUUAUGCAGUUUUGGGACGUGGUGUAUCUAAGAUUUCAUUUUCUUAG